UCCUCACUCUCCCUGCACAGCUCAGCAGGAUCUCAGCCAUGAGACUUCUCAUCCUGGCCCUCCUUGGCAUCUGCUGUCUCACUGCUUACAUUGUGGAAGGUGUAGGGAGUGAAGUCUCAGAUAAGAGGACCUGUGUAAGCCUCACUACGCAGCGACUGCCAGUUAGCAGAAUCAAGACCUACACCAUCACAGAAGGCUCCUUGAGAGCAGUAAUUUUUAUUACCAAACGUGGCCUAAAAGUCUGUGCUGAUCCACAAGCCAGGUGGGUGAAAGACGUGGUCAGGAGCAUGGACAAGAAAUCCAACACCAGAAAUAACAUGAUCCAGACCAAGCCAACAGGAACCCAGCAAUCGACCAAUACAGCUGUGACCCUGACUGGGUAGUAGCCUCUGACACCCUGUCCCUCUCCAGCCAGCCAGCUCAUUUCACUUUACAUGCUCAUGGACUGAGUUUAUACUCACCUUUUAUGAAAGCACUGCAUGAAUAAAAUUAUUCCUUUGUAUUUUUACUUUUAAAUAUCUUCUGUAUUCACUUAUAUGUUCUAAUUAAUAAAUUAUUUAUUAUUAAGAAUAGUUCCCUAGUCUAUUCACUAUAUGCAUGGAAAAGUAGUGCAUAAUUGGUGUUUGAUUUCUGUCCUACUUGUACCUCUCUUUGAUGGUAACCAUACUGGAAGAGAUUCUGGCUAGUGUUUAUCAGAGGUGAAAGCUAUAUCGAUCAGUCUUAGAGUCCAGCUUGUAAUGGUUCUUUACACAUGAGUCACAAGUUACAGCUGUGACAACGGCAACAAUUCGAGAUGUAUUUCAACUUGUCUCUAUAAUAGAAUUCUGUUUAUAGAAUAAGGGAGAAAAUAAUCCAGUCUUCACUGGGUUCCCAUUUUGAGGGUCCACUACUCAAAAAUUUGCUUCACUCAAUUUUUUUCACCUCUUUGUGUUUUAUUUUGGUUUCCUACUAAAGGAAUAAAAUGACACAACUUGUCCCCUUUUUUGUCCCAUUAGCAAAAAUUAGAAUUUUGGUAUAAAGAAACUUUAUUCAAGUAAAAAUCAAUACCUUUUGAAUUGGACAAUAAUCUCACUACCUUAUUAGGAUUUCUGUAUUUGCCAUUACGCUAGUUAUCAUACAUGUUAUGCUUUACUGCGAAUAAGCUUUUAAUGCUCCAAAUGCUGACCCAUGAAACAUUUCCUCAUGUGAUCAAAAUUUGCAGUAAACUUUUGAUUAAAUGCUCAUCUGGUAACUCAACACCCCAGAUUCAUGCUCUCUCGUAUGCUAAUUAAAUUGCUGAUUUGUUUCAUGCUUAGGGUUUUACUAUCCAAGUAGCUGAUGAUGUAUACAUUCUCUUCUAUCAGACUCUAAAUAGGAAGACCUGACCUUGCCUUGAUAGUUUUAAGUGAAAAGUAUUGGCUGUUGUUUAGUCCUGUGCAGACAUUUAACAAUAUCAUGAAUUUUCAGAGGGCAGAUGAAGGCAACUUGUUGAAAUCUGCUCACUUCUAAUCAUACAACUAGUGAAUCAGAGUGGAAACUACUAAAAAGUUGCCUCCUAGCAAAUGGUGUGGUCACCUAUCCAUGUUCAUUGAUAUUUGUCUAAAAUAAACUUCAGAGAUGGUCUUAGAGAAAGCAAUCCCUUAAUAAGAACAGACAUCCUGCUUUAUGAGGGCUGAAAAAUAACAAAGUCACAAAAGAUGAAUGGAAUGGUUUGUCUCCCAAACGUCUCCCAGACCCUAAGGAUUUAUCUGGGAUAAUAAUAAUAAGAUGUGUGGAAGGAUAUGGGCAGUGCUUGACUUUUCA